UGAACCUUUUGUACAAUAGAAAAAGCAGCCUUAGACAAAAACCACAUAUCUUAACUGCUGAACAGAUAUGUAAGCUUGGAGAGAUCAUAGGCAUGAAGUUUCAUAUAAGAGAACUCGUCCCUACCAUGCUGUUUCGUUUAAAGAAGCGCAAGCUGGAGGCUAUUUAUCGUUAUCUUUCAGAGCACCAUCUUCUACAUGAUAAAGAACCACUGAUAGCCGAUUUACAGACGCAUCGGCUAGGAAAAUACUUGUUAUCAACCAUUUAUCCUGGAUACUCAGCGGCUAGAGCCAGAAAUUUUGCGUACCGAGAUUAUCGAGAGUGUAGAGAAAAGGAGUAUGGCACAGUGGAUCCAUUAGCGUACGACUAUGCGCCGACGACCGAAAUGUUUGAAAGGCUGGAUGAAGUGUUUCGUGUUGAUGUGAAUUGGCAAAAUGAGCAGCGGUUAUUGAAGCACACUAUUAAGAUCCCUGUGCAUAUCUUGAAGAAAUCAAUUGAUAGAAUUGAUGCAGUAAAUGACAAUAAGUCGAUACAAAAUAUUGAAUAUCACCUUUACUUGUGGAAUUCCACCAAGACAUUAUUGAAGCCUCUGUGUAAGUCCUUGAUUAUAAAUUCGAAUCAGGUGUGGACAGGGAGGCAACAGGUGAACAUAAAGAAUGUCAAAGCCAACACUGUGAUUCAUAUUCGGUUUUUGUAGAAACUUGUAAAUGGAGGAUUUAUGCAUAUUGACAUUAGUCAACAAAUUAAACAGUACGUUCGACGAAGAUCAGUGACAAAUGAGACAGAGAAAGCAGAGUUGAGGCGAUAUAUAAGCCUUGAAGUUGAACUAGCAGACGAAAAUGAGCGAAAUAUAAGUCACAUAUCUAUAUGUGCAGUGUUAAGAAUACCCUCAAACGAGGU